UAAACACCGUCUUACGGGCAAUAAUUGUACGCCAGUCGCCGCGGGCGGUCGUGUCGCGCUGUGUCGGAUCGUGUGUGCCGUGUGGUCUAUUACAUUGUCAAACUGUGGAUUUUUCCUGUGAUUUUUAAGAUGAGGGCGCCGUGACCACGGACGGGCUGCUCAGCGCCCUGGCCCGCCUGCGUCGCACCCCUCACCCCCACCCGUCCCCUAAUCCCGCACGUACCGCGGAUGGGCGUCACCAAUCUCCCAAAAUCCAGUCGCCUCGACCCUCCCCUGAACGCGCCGCAGGUGCCGACGAGAGCAUGACAGUGGCCCGCGGCGAUGGCUCACCAGAGCGACUUGGAGGCGCGUUGCGCCGUCUCCACUACAAGGCCACGAGGCGAGCGCACUCUGUCGGCCGACACCAUACCAAUACGCCACCUAAGGUGGUCGUCAUGGGAAGCAGUACGACCUCAGACAAGACCAUCAACACGAGCACCGACUCGGCGGCGACCGCUCUCACCUCCGUCACCGGCACCGACGACUCCAUGGACGCGGAGCCCGAGGCCAACCUCAUGGACACGCCGCACGCGCCGCCCGUGCCCCAGGAACCCCCCAGCACAGCCCCUCCCCACUACCACAGAGCACAGGACAGCUCGGAGAUAGACUCUCCAGCGUACACCAAGCCACAGUCUGCCACAGACAUAUUAGACUCCCCACGGCCCGGCCCGGCGCGGUUCGUUUUCGAUGUGCCACUACCAGAACCGAAAAAAGAAGAGCGCAAGCCAAGACCGGAGAAACGGAACAAGACAACAGUCCAAGAAACGGCUCCAUCAACUUCCAUCCAAAUCCCAUACGACUCCAAAAUGGAAACGCCAAAAAGCCCAAAACUGAACCAAGCGAAAUAUGAGACUCACUUCAAAUUUGAACCAGAGAAAAGAAGAGCUAGCGAUAGAUUUGAGAUAGAUAAAAGGAGGAGUGAGAAGUUUGAACAAGAAAAAAGGAGAGGAAGUGAAGCAAGGAAAAAGAAGGAUAAGGAGUAUUAUAAGGAUGAUGUGGCCAAGUUACGGAGACAGUUGGAAGGGACGGAGGUUUUCACGACGGCUAGGAGGAGGUCGUCGGCGCAUCAGCAUUCUGUGCCGCCGCCAUCUUCUAGAAGACAGUCUACAGCGGCCCAAGUCCACGUAACAGCCAAUCCUCUCGACGCGGCGAGCUCCGCGCCCCCCGGCCGCACCACCAUCGUCGUCCAGCAGCCGUCUCUUUCCCUCGACUACGGCGGCUGCGCGACCAUCCUCGUGCGAGAGGGGGACGACUGUCGGCGCAAGAGUCGCGUCUGCAGCGACCAUAUACAGCAGCUGUUGGAUGUGACCAGUCAGUUUACUAGUGAGGAUGUGGACGAGUUUGAUAAGAGGUACGGCAGCCCACACCACGCCCGAUCGCAAUCAGUCAAAGCGGCAAGAUCACGAACGGGCGAGCGACAACUACUGGGACUGCCCCAGCAGAGGGCGCGAGUGGCGUCCAUGCCCAACACUGGCGUCGAAGAGGAGUAUUAUAGACUGAGGCAUUUUAGUAUAACGGGUAAAGGCGUCAUAAAUCGGGGAGACUCUCUCCGCUCGAGAAGAUCACGGUCCAACACUUCAGUGGCUUCCAGUGCGUCCAGCACAGAGGCCGUUAACAGGGCAUCUGCACCUUGUUCCUUGGCUUCUUCAAGGGAUUCUUCAGCGGGUCUCAGCUCGUACCGAGUGUUAGUCCUGGGAGCUCCUGGCGUCGGCAAAUCGAGUCUCGUCGGGCAAUUCAUGACGUCAGAGUAUUUGCACGCGUACGACACUAGUAUAGAUGAUGAAUCUGGCGAGCGGUCUGUAUGCGUGCUGCUUGCUGGUGAGGAGUCGGAAAUCACCUUCAUGGACGCGCCUGCUGAUCAACUAGUGUCAGACGGCUGCGCACACGGUUACUGCGUGGUCUACUCGACAGCCGAUCGAAGCAGCUUCGCCGAAGCCGAGCGGAAACUGCAAGGUUUAUGGGCGGCGGGUCACACUGCCCGACGAGCCGUCAUACUAGUGGGGAAUAAGGCUGAUCUGGCAAGAUCGAGGGCUGUUAAUACUGAUGAGGGCAAAUCGCUAGCGACCUCCUACGAGUGUAAAUUUAUCGAGACAUCUGUCGGUAUCAACCAUAACGUCGACGAGUUGUUAGUUGGACUACUAACGCAGAUACGGUUGAAACAGCAACAUGCUGAAAGAGUCAGGAAACGCAGCAGCACGCGCAAGAAUCGCGGGCGCGCGCGCUCCCCACAGAAUGACGUCACGGCGCCGCCGCCGCCGCAGUCCGUGUCUGCUGCGAGUACGCCGAGGAAACGCACUCGACUGUCUGCUAGCGUUAAAGUUCGAGGCCUCCUAGGCCGUGUCUGGGCCCGGGACUCGAAGUCCAAGUCGUGUGAGAAUCUCCACGUCCUCUAGCACUCAGCCGCCGACCCCAUCGCCUGCUUCCCGUUCUUCGACUGCGCCACUAGCUACGCUUAGGGUGCUGUUACAGCCCU